AUGUUCCGAUUGGCAGCUGGGCGCUACCAGGAGUGCCCUUUCACCCCUCAGGUCCCUCCCCAUCAGCCAUUCUUCCUUGCCGCCAUAGAGGUGAAGACCAAAAAGUACGACGAAUCAGCCUACACACCGGUGGCGGCCAAUUACCGCUCGGCCAAGGAGAUUCGGAUCGAAGUUGCGUGUGGCCAGCUUGGCUGCGAUACCAAAAGUCCUUCGGACCUCGCGAGGGUCAUGGAUGCCUGUCAGAGCAGCGACUGUGGACCAUGGGUUCCUUUGUUGCCGAGCAGACGACAGCAGCGACAUUGUGUGGGUGAACCGUGUAGGUUGGUGAUCCGGCUGAUGCUUGACUCCUUCAGUUUUCAGCUCUUGUACGCCGACGACUUGAAGUUCCUGGUGAGUGGCCCCAAUAAGUACACGGAUUUUUGGACCAUGUUAGUCGCUUGGUUGAUGUGUGGGGCACCCAUGUCCUGGAAGAAAUUCCGGGGCGGCCUGGAGCUGGACUUCGUAGGUUUCUUUACGGAUUAUGGGCGUUUCGAGCUCGGACUCAGCGAGAAGCGUGCCACGUGGGUGAUGCAGGUACUGCGAGGCUUGGUGGAGAACAAGUACGUGAUCACAGGCUACGCCUUUGGUGAGCUAGUGGGAAGAUUGGGAUUCGCCUCCCAAGCAGUGCCCUGGAUCAGGCCUUUGCUGGCGCCGCUGUAUGCCUGGGGCUCGAAAUUCAAGGGUGGAACAGUGUCAAGAGUGCCGGAACUCGUGGGCUACACGCUCCAACUCAUACAGCAGAGAUUCGAGAAGGGUUUGUUUCGAGUGUGCUGUGAUUCGCCUCAGGUUGGCCGAGAAGAGGUCUUCCGGACAGAUGCAAAGUGCGCCGAAGGUCUGGUGGCCGUGGGCGGAUGGGCAACUCAGGACGGCAGCGCAAAGCAGGCACGUUGGUUUGCGCUACAGUUAACACCCGAGCAAGCUCCCUGGCUGUUUGAAAGAUCCCUCUCAGCACAACGAAUGAGCACAACGGCGGAGAUCUUCGCAAUCUAUGUCGGACUCCAUGUUUUUGGGUACCUCAAAAAGGGCGGGGGGCAGUUGCAGAAGCCGGGAGCGGCUUUGAUUGCAAGUGGAACGGACAACCUGGCUGCUGAACAUCUUAGUCGCCGUAGGCUCUCUACUAAGAUGCCCCUCGGGCUCCUUUUGGCCCAGAUGAACACAAAUCUGUGGGAUGCGGGGCUGUGGUUGGAGGCACGCUGGCGCCCACGGGGGGAGAAUGUCGAGGCCGACGACCUCACGAACUCGAAGUUUGAAAAGUUCGACUUGAAGAACCGGGUGGGGGUGAAGUUGGAAGACAUCGACAUGGAGAUCUUCAAUGGCCUGAGGGCCACUUACGGCAUUCAUGAGCAGGCUCCGAAGUUCAUAGGCCAAGUGGGGGAUGAAACUCGAAAGAUGGGACGCAAACGCCCUCCUAAGUCAAGUUGGUAG